AUGAUCAAUGAUACCGACUCCGUGAAGCGGAGACCGGAUACCUACACGAUUCCACGAGUUGGUGCCAAUGGACACGCAAAUGGGUUUACGGCUGUCAAGCCGGCGCUCACGUCGGACACCAUAAAGCCCAAGACGAAGAAGGAUUCAGGAAUGGUCGCGGCGGUGGCGCAUGCGACGGUGCCCUCUUGGGCCAACAUGUUGUUGAUGGCUUCGCUCAUCUUUGGAGGAUGCUGCACAAAUGUCUUUGCCCUCGAAGCCAUCAUCAAAGAGCAACCUACAGCCGGUCCCUUGAUCACAUUCGCCCAGUUCAUUCUGUGCGCCUUCUUUACACUUCCACAUUUCCUUUCCCUCUCGGCCGGCCCCGGUGCCUUGUUCAUGAGCCCUCGAGCGAUCCCGCUCCGCUCAUGGAUGGUCUAUACCGCGUACUUUGUGUCGGUCAAUCUUUUGAACAAUUGGGCCUUUGCCUAUAAGAUCUCGGUCCCGCUUCAUAUCAUUCUCCGAUCCGGUGGUCCGGUGGCUUCCAUGCUCGUUGGAUACGCAUAUAACGGAAGGAGGUACUCUCGCGGCCAAAUUCUCGCUGUGGCCUUGCUUACAGCCGGCGUCGCCGCCGCGGCGCUUGCCGAUGCGCAGGCCAAGGGCCAGUCGAUCGAGAUAGGAACCGAUAGUGACGUGACAUUGAUGACCACGGCCACUGGAUUCAGUAUUCUUGCCUUGGCUAUGAUUCUGUCCGCGUUCCAGGGAAUCUACGCAGACCGACUAUAUGGCACAUAUGGCCGUGAUCACUGGAAGGAGGCUCUGUUCUACUCGCACACCCUCUCGCUACCUUUGUUCUUGACCAGCUAUCCGCAGCUACUAUCACAGUGGCGUGUCGUGGCAUCUACUCCUUCGCUGCUUUCAACACUGUCUGCUCGAAAUGUUAGCGAAACUUCAUCCAGCAUUUUGACCAACAAUAUUUUCUCGAUAAUGGCGGCUGCUCAGAAGCACCAAUCGAUUGCACCUGUUCUCGACAAGAUUCCGAUCCAGGUGGCUUACCUGCUUAUGAAUGCCCUGACGCAGUACGUCUGCAUUCGGGGAGUCCACCUGUUGUCUGCCAAAUCUUCUUCCCUGACUGUUACUGUGGUUUUGAAUAUCCGCAAGCUUGUCUCGUUGCUACUUUCGAUCUACCUGUUCGGCAAUGAUUUGGCAUCCGGUGUCCUUGUCGGAGCGGUUUUGGUCACCGUUGGCGGUGGUCUGUAUGGAUUCGAGGGAGCACGAUUGAGGAAGACCAGCUUGAAGAAGACCCAGUGA